CCAGUGUCCGGCUACACACUUCCCCGCUACAGAGGAGCAGUGUCGGACCGGCCAGCUUUCCACAGGAAGAGUGACAGUGUCACGAGCCCACAGCCAACAUGCCCAAAGUCGCUGUGCCCGAGACGGAUGACUGCACGCGCGCAAUCGCAGAGCGUGUUUUUGCUUCAGAGACCAAAGAUGAAGAUGUGCGUGAGGAAAUCUCCCUGUUUGGUGUGGCAGACGACUGUCCCAUCCUCAACCAGGAGCAGGCCCAGCACGUAGCCGAUCAUGAUGAUGAAGAGAAGCGUAAGAAAUAUCUCAGCCGCUCUCAUCCCCUGCUCGAGGACAAACCGACCUAUUUGGAGGUUCCCCUUUUCCAGAGAGUGUCCAUUACUGGUGACUAUGCUGCUGGGGUGACCAUGGAUGACUUCGAGCUGGCCUGUAAGGGUCUGUAUCGGGCCCUGACUAUCAGAGAGAAGUACAUGAGACUGGCCUUGCAGAGAUUCCCAGUCACUCCAUCCCAGUUCUUACGCAAGAUUGAAGGAGAAACAUGGAAACCUGAAGAUCAGGUGCUUCCAGUCUUCACCCCUCUUCCUAAACCCGGCGAGGACCCUUUCUGCACAAAGGAUUUCCCUCCUAACCUCGGCUACAUUGCUCGUAUGAAGGAUGGUGUGAUCUAUGUCUACAAAGACGCAGCUGCUGCUGAUAAACACCAGCCACUGAACCAUCCUGGUCCAGACCUGGCCACCUUCCUCGACGACAUGAACUUCCUCAUUGCCUUGAUUGCUCAGGGCCCAACAAAGACCUACACUCACCGUCGUCUGAAGUUCCUCAUGUCAAAGUUCAACGUGCAUGAGAUGCUGAACGAGAUGGAGGAAAUGAAAGAGCUGAAGAAAAAUCCCCACAGAGACUUUUAUAACUGUAGGAAGGUUGAUACUCACAUCCAUGCUGCCGCCUGCAUGAACCAGAAGCAUCUCCUCCGCUUCAUCAAGAAGUCCUACCGCAUCGAUGCAGAUCGGGUGGUGCAUGUUUUGAAGGGCAAAGAAGUGACCCUGAAGGAGCUUUUUGCAUCUCUAAACCUGCACCCUUAUGACCUGACUGUAGAUUCCCUUGAUGUGCACGCUGGCCGACAAACCUUCCAGCGCUUUGAUAAAUUCAAUGCCAAGUACAACCCCGUUGGUGCCAGUGAGCUGCGUGAUCUUUAUAUGAAGACUGAGAACCACAUAUCCGGAGAAUACUUUGCAACCAUUAUUAAGGAAGUUGCUAGUGACCUGGAGGACGCCAGAUACCAGUACGCGGAGCCUCGUCUGUCCAUCUAUGGCUGUAACUCUAAUGAGUGGGCUAAGCUUUCCAGCUGGUUUAACAAGCACAGAGUCUUUUCUCCUCACCUCAAAUGGAUGAUUCAAGUGCCCAGAAUCUACGACAUUUUCAGAGGCAGGAACUUUGUGCCACACUUCGGAAAGAUGCUGGAAAACAUCUUCCUCCCUGUUUUCCAGGCUACAAUUGACCCAAACUCCAACCCAGAGCUUAGUGUCUUCUUGAGGCAUGUGACAGGCUUUGACAGCGUGGACGAUGAGUCCAAACACAGCGGCCACAUGUUCUCCACAAAGAGCCCCAAACCUGAGGAAUGGGACAUUGUGAAGAACCCAUCAUACACUUACUGGAUUUACUACAUGUAUGCCAACAUCGCCCUUCUCAACCAGCUGCGCAAGGAAAGAGGAAUGAACACGUUUCAGUUCAGACCUCACUGUGGUGAAGCUGGAGCCAUCACUCACCUGCUGGCCUGCUUCAUGACCGCAGACAACAUCUCUCACGGCCUCAACCUCAAAAAGAGUCCAGUCCUGCAGUACCUGUAUUAUCUGGCUCAGGUGCCCAUUGCCAUGUCUCCUCUGAGCAACAACAGUCUGUUCCUGGAGUACAACAAGAAUCCGCUGCUGGAGUUUCAUAAGAAGGGCCUGAUGGUCUCUCUGUCCACCGAUGACCCCAUGCAGUUCCACUACACCAAGGAGCCGCUGAUGGAGGAGUACGCCAUCGCAGCGCAGGUGUUCAAGCUCAGCACAUGUGACAUGUGUGAGAUCGCCAGAAACAGCGUCCUGCAGAGCGGCCUUUCUGCUGAGGAGAAGAUUCACUUCCUGGGCACCAGCUACCUGAAGGACGGCCCUGAGGGAAACGACAUCCGCAAAACCAACGUGGCUCAGAUCCGCAUGGCGUACCGCUACGAGACCCAGUGCUAUGAGCUGAAUCUCAUCCGAGAGGGAGUGAUGGCUGAGUAAAUCAACAUGCAGACUCUGAUUCAGGCUCUUCUUAAACGAGAGCCGUAUUUCUGCUAAUAUUCAUGAGAAGCCCGUGAGAUAACAUUCAUGUCUUACUGCAGUUUGCAGUUAAUAAGUUUACAUCCCCCUUUUUAAUUUUUUUUUUAUUGGUCAUGCUUUGGGGGGAAAGCCUGUUGCAGCUGACUCAAUAAACUAAAUCUAUAUUUAA